AACUGAGUUAGUGAGAAGAAUAAAGCGAUAUCAGAUAGCCAAUUCCAGUUGUUUGCUUGUCAAGUACAUCAAAGAUGAUCGAUACAGUUCAGAAGAAGUUUCAACACAUGACAGGCAUACAUGUCCGGCUGUGGCAACAGCCAACUUAUACUCUUUGUCAGCAACAGCUAAAAAGUAUGAAGUGAUUGGAAUUGAUGAAGGACAGUUUUUCCCAGACUGUGUUAAGUUUUGUGAAGAAAUGGCAAAU